CUGCAGCGGCGGCACCGGAGGGCCGGGAGGGGAGGGCUGUGCGCGGCGGCCAGCUGCAUCCACCACCCAACCCGGCGAAGGCAAGAGCCAUGGGGAGCUGUCGCCACCCGAGCAGCCGUGGAGAAACUCCCCUUCAGAUGCCGGCAGCCGGUGGCCUGGUCUGAGGAAGAGGGAGGGAAGGGGCCAUAGUAGCGGCGGACCGUGCAAGUUGCUCCCUGCCCUUCUUCUCGGGCCCGUCUCCUCCCCGCGGACCAGCAUGCGGACUGGCCUCCGCGCUCCCUCAGAUGUGCUCUGGCAGCCGCCGCUGCUGCUGCCGCCUUCAGUGCAUCCCGCUGCUGGCAGCGCUAACCCGGCCGCUGGAUGAGACGGGAGGGGGGAGAUCGCUGCUGCGGUUCCGCCCGCUCCUUCAUGCGGGCUUCUGCUCUGGCGGAGGUCGCACUGCCGCCGCCGCCGAGGAGGAGGAGCCGGCCUGCCUUCCCCCCUGCUCGCCCGCCCGGGGGGCCCGCAUGGCGUGCUACCUGGUCAUCAGCUCCCGGCACCUCAGCAACGGGCACUACCGCGGCAUCAAAGGCGUCUUCAGGGGACCGCUCUGCAAGAAGGGCGCUCGCUCGCCGGACUAUGCUGAGAAGGAGAAGGCUGCAGCCAAGGCUCUGGAGGAUGUGAAGGCUAACUUCUACUGUGAACUAUGUGACAAGCAGUACCACAAACACCAGGAAUUUGACAACCACAUCAAUUCUUACGACCACGCUCACAAGCAGAGGUUGAAAGAUUUAAAACAAAGGGAAUUUGCUCGAAAUGUGGCUUCAAAGUCAUGGAAAGAUGAGAAGAAACAGGAAAAAGCACUCAAGCGGCUCCACCAGCUUGCAGAGUUACGGAAGCAGUCCGAAUGCAUCACUGGGAGUGGAUCAUUGCUUAAAGCCCCCCGAUUUGUCAUGGAAAAGCAACAAUCACCAGAUAGCAUUUUCCUGUGCAAGGGCAGCAAGUUCACAGCCAGUUCUCAAAGAAUGGCCGUGAGUGAGGGACAUGGUUUCUCCAGCAGCGUAAUAGAGAAACAGCAGCUUGUCGUAAGCAGGCACCAGUCCCCUACUGAAAGACGGCAUGCACUUGGGAAUCAAGUCCCUCAAAUGUUCCCAGACAGCACCAACACUUCUCAAAGGGCAGGAGUGUCCUUCUCAUUCUCUAAAAAAGUCCCUUUGAAGCUCGAGUCCUCAGCAUCAGUCUUCAGUGAGAACUCUGAAGAAGGAAAUGAUUGUAGUGAAUCGCUCAACCAUAAAACAAAGCAAGCUCUUGAGAGCUGCCUUUCUGGCACAUUUUCAGAGGAGGAUGUGAAAGCAAGCUUGGAUAUAGGGUCACCUAUUACACAAGACCAAAUGGAUUUGGAUAACAGUACAUCAAGUCAUGUAGCUGCAAAACUUAAAAUGUUAAAGGAAAAUGAUGUAACUAGUGAUAGAGAAUUAGAAGAAAAGGUCAGUGCUCACUCUUCAUUUUCCAAAAGUAAAAUACAGCUUUCAAAUUUGGAAUUUGCUGGUUCACUUAGAGAGACAGAGCAAGAAAGCAAAUUGAAUGAGUCCGAGCAAUUGUUAGAAACUUUCAUUUCACCUUCAUGCCAAGCUAGCAAUUUUUGUACACAGCCAAACACCUACAAGCACAGCAAUGCCCACCUGCCUGACCAGUUACCCGAGCUCCCACAACAGCCAGCACCUGAACUGUCAUGCACAAGCAACAUUAAUGACUGUCCUAGAGUGGUAAAAAGAGAAAGAUCUUUGGAAAGGUCAGAAACCACAAAUGGGAAUAUGGAAACGCUUCCAAAGGAGACCAUGGCUAAAGAGGUUAAGCCCCAGGCAUUGCCUUUCCUCCAUGUAGUGAGCAAAGAUGGCUCUACUGCUCUGCAGUGGCCCACAGAAUUACUUUUGUUUACAAAAACUGAGCCCUGUAUUUCAUAUGGCUGUAAUCCAUUGUAUUUUGAUUUCAGACUCUCUUUAAAUCACAGAGAUGGUAAACAGCAUGAAACAAACAAAGCAAGCUGUAAAGAGCAUUCUAUAAAUAAGACUGCAGAUGAAAACGAAGCCUCAGGUUUAAUAAAACACACGCAAAUGUCAAAUGAACAAGAUAAUCAGUUGUUGAAACCAAAGAAGAUGAAAGGUUCCCUAAAUUCAAGAAAGGCCAAGCAAAAAGUUGAGUCAGACAUAGGGAAAGAAAUGGAUGAAAAUGGUCAAAAAUGCAUUGCAGAUUAUUUGAACGAAAAUAUACCCAAAGUGCCUGAUGUCUCACAAAAGGAGUAUGUGACAGAAAAAUGUCUUCAUACAACACCACUGAGGAGACCUUUAAAGCAUUAUUUUCAUUGCUGUGAAAGAAAAAAACAGAACAUUAGAAAUGAAAGCGUUUCUUUUUCUGCUUUUAUGUCUAGGAUUAAAAAGUCUAGAGCUGCAAAACAUCAUUUAAUUUAUUCUGAAGCAAAAUGUGAAAGCCAAAAUGACUGCAGAUCCAUUCAAGAUGUGGCCAGCUGUAGCAGUGACAUAAGUGACAGUGGAAAAGACUCUAGUGGAAGUUUCCUUAGUUAUAAAUCCAGUUCAAACAGCAGGUAUUCAGAAAUUGAAGGAUGUGAAGAUUAUACAAGAUGCUGGAGAUUCCUAUCUCUUCCAAAGUCCUCCUCCGACAAACAUUCCAGCUAUACUGACACUUCAGUUAGCAGUACAAGUAGCUGUAUGAGCUACAGGAGUACCACAUCAAACAAUCACAGCAGAAAUAAUUUGCUUUUUUGUUGUAAAGGAAAAAGCAAGACAGCUGAAAGGCACAAAUGUAAACACAGAAAGCACAAGUGUAUUUUCACUUCUGAUGAUACAGACAAGGAGUAUCUUUGUUGCAGUAGAAGUCACAGAACUAGAAACUGUACACAGAGAGGUACAAUUAAGCAUCAAAAAUCUUCAAGACAUAAAGUUUUACAACACAGAGACAGAUCUAAACACAGCCGAUGUAGACACCGGCAUUUUGGCAAAGUGCAUAGUAGAAGUAGAAGCUACCAUAACUCCAAAAGUUGUUCCACCAGAGAUUCCAGAAGCAGUGAAAGAUCAUCUAGUAGCAGAAUAUUAAGAGGCAGCAGUUCAGGGUCCUUCCCUAAAGAGACUGACAACUGUGACAACAAAACAGAAGAGGAGACAGAAGGAGGUUCUAACACUGAACUGAAAGCUGAAACUGCACAUUACGAAUCUCUGAAUGAGAAUAGUCAGUCAAAAAACUUUGCCACCUGCUCUUCUGAAAUCCUGGCAAAAGACAUAUGUAGAAAAAGAAAGUCACUGACAGCCAAGUUGCUUUUAGAAAGAGUGCAGUCCAAGAAAACCCAGGAACAAAUGCAUGACUCGGAAAGAUUUUCAAACGCUUGUGGGGUAGAAUUAAAGGAUCACUCACAAAGUCACUUUGCUCUUCAGUUUUCAUCAUCAGUAGAUGACAUUGCAAUGUUACCUUUGCGAGAGGAACUGCUAAGCAUAGGUGAAAAUGUCAUGGGGCAUAAUGAAAUCAGUUCAUUGGAAACCAGUGUGAAGAGAAACAAUUUUGAAGGGUCAGAGAUAACUAAUGUUGCUCUUUCAACAGGCACUGAUUAUGAUCAUUGUCUUUUUAAAGACAUCAUUCAAAUAGGAACAGGCUAUAAGAGCUCAAGCAUAAAAAGGAACACAGCAAUAAAGGAACAAUCCAAUCUCUUCAUUAGUGAAGCGCAACCCUUUAUACAAAGCUGUGACCCAGUACCAAAUGAUUUCCCUGGUGCUUUUUCCUCUAAUAGAUACUCUGUUGUUGCUAAUUCAACAGAGACCAAAGAACUAUAUGAUGUAAACAUGGAGUCGAACCAGGCAGAAGGUGGUUCAGACUCUCAUUGUGACAAUGCUAUGCAGAAGUAUGACAACACAGUAAAUGACCUUGAAGUGUACAGUAAAUCCACCUCCCCUCCUUUAAUGCAGCAGUCUAUCACCUUUUCACCAGAGGAAGUUGACAAAUACAGGUUACUGCAGCUGCAAGCCCAGCAACAUAUGCAGAAACAGCUUCUAGCAAAACACCUGAAAGUUUUGCCUGCCCCAGGACCAGCUGCCUUCUCUGCAACACCAGCAGUUCCUGCCCUCCCUGUUCAGCAGCAUGCCACUGUCACCACCAUCCACCACACACUGCUGCAACGCUUUGCUGUCUCAGCAUCUAUGCAUCCCCACAGUGGCCAUCUCUCUCUGGCACACCUUCAUCCACUAUCUCAGGCACAUUUCACUCCCAUAUCACUUUCCCCCCUAGCACCAGCCCUCAUUCCCACCCACCCUGCUUUGCUGACAGGGCACCCAUUGCACUUAGUCUCCACCACCCCCCUCCACCCUUCCCCACUGACCUUCCCAACACUGUCACACACUGCAUAUAUCCCAGCCUUAUUUACACCACAUCUGAAUGCAACCACACCUGUUAUACAUCCAAAUCCCUUAGUCCAGCCAUUAUGCCAAGGGCAAGAGCCCCAUCACUAUUUCUGCUCUAGCCAGACCCAACAGUUACCUACAAUAAAAGAAGUUUUCAGCCUUUCUAGCUAUUUAAACUAGCCCAACUGAUGACAGUUAUGAUCCCAACAUGGCUCCAAACCCAAAAUAAAAUGAAUUCUUCAGUGUUCAAUCACUUUAGAGGGAAAAUGUGUUGUUUUGCUGAGAGCACAAUGACAAAUAUUUUAAAGUCCACAUUCUGGCUGACAGCAUAUGAAUGUUGAUUUUGUUCUUGUAUCACUGAGAAAAAGCUGGUUUAAAGCCUUUUAUGAUAGAAGGACAGGUCCAGCUAGUUUCAUUCUACAGAAAGUUUGGAGAGAGGUGUGAAGUCUGUAACUUUCAGUAGGAAUGGGACUGCAGCACCCAGACACAACAGGACCAAGAAUAUCAACACCGAUGAGCGAUUUAAAGUAGCCAAAUUUAAGGCAGAAUAAUCUUGACAUGCCUCAAAUGUUUGCUUUUCUGAGUGUGUAUACGCAAGUGCAUAGUACCUGGUCUAGUUAAGGUAUUUCAGACUGAGCAAAAAAAAAGGUAUCUGGGACCACAAGUCCCUGGUUCUGUCUCCUGGGCCCAAAAAAAUGGGGAGCCUCUGAAUGAGGGGUGCCUUGUUGACACUGGAAGAAGAGGGUCACAACAGUGUCUCAAAGAUACUUUAGUGAUUUUAUCCCUGGGAUAUGUUGCUUGGACAGUGUAAAGGGACUGUAAUCUGGCCACAGGUACACAACAGAAAAGUUCCCUUAGUGUAGGGCACUCUGCUGGCACAAGCAGGCAGCUACUUUUCUCACUGAGCAAAGCAGACCCAAGAAGACAAGGGAAAGAAGGGGAUGAAGCCAAGUUCUUUAGCAUUGCAUGGCUGUGGCUGUAGCAUAGGGUAUGUCAGCGUUAGGCUGCAGCAGCCCAGAGUUGCCAAGCAGCUAGGGCUGGCUUUGAACUUCAGACGUCCUUGGCCAAGCCUGCAACACUUCUUUCCUACCAAACAGAGCUCUGAUGUGUGGGAGAGUCUUGCCAAAAAAAUGUGUAAAUAUGUUUCAUCCCUUUCACAAACAAUAUAAACAAUUGGCUGGUCCUAUAAAAUCAUGUUGAUAUUCAUAAAAAUGCAGAAGAAAAUUCUGAGCAGAAACUGGCUCUCAAGGUCAAGUCUCAUAGAAAACCAUGUCACAGUUCUCAGCAUUUCAACGUAUAUUGAAUCUAAACAAAUAUGUCAAGGUAAUCGCAUGGCUUCCCAAACUCUUAACUACAAACUGAAGUUCUGAUUCUGCAGUGUUUGAAUGCAUGUAUCCAACCUUCAGGGCAAUGCGUGUUAGAAAGUGCUAGUAAUAACUGUGUAUUCGGAAAUAGGUCAGGGCUUCAGCAUCUCUUUAAAUGGCACAUUUUGACUAUUUUUAUAAUGUUUCUAACUCAACAUGGGAUAUUUAGCAUGAAAUUAAGUUUAUAAUUGUGGUUAGACUGCAGGCAUGCUUCUCAAUAUAAUUGGACGGUGAAGUGUCUGACAGACAGUACCUGUUUGUUUGGAUUAGAAACAUUUGAAAUCAUUCCAUUUGCAAUAAUGUAGUGCACAAUUAAUAAUGUAUCUUUCAGAAUUGAAAUAAAAUACAUUAAAAAACUUUUGGAGGAUUUUAUUCCAUUAUAUUUGGCUAUGCAAAGAAACAGAAAAUCUAACUGCAGCCAAGUUGAGUAUUAAAAAUGCAACUUAGGACCAGUUUUCUAACUUAGUUUUAAUCAAAUUAGAUUGAUCCAAUGCAAUAAAACUGAAUUGUUUUAAUUUUUAAAAGCAGCUGCUUCAGCAGAAACUGGUAUUGUGCCAAACUUCUCAAGAGGCUUUACAAGUUGUGACUGCUUGUUUUGUGUUUGGAAAGUUAAUGUCUCUUUGAAUACUUAACAUUUUAGCCAUCAAAUGAAAGCUGUCAGGAAAAGAAUCUGGAGACUGAGCAGAAGCAAAACAUUUUUGUAUUAAAAAAAGGUGAUGAAACCAGCACCAUCAAAUAUCUCUUGGUUGGAUUCCCAGCCGAUUUAUUAAUUUUGCUAAUAAAAUGUAUUCGUGCCAUUUUGGAGUGACUUACCUUUAUUUUUCUAAUAUAAUUAAUUAUUAAUUUAGCAUAUAAUUAUAUAAAUAAUUUUCUCAUUUAAAUUGUAGGGAACUUCUUUAAUUGAAAUUAUUGCCUCAGGACAAUAAUUUUUGUAAGAAAGGAAUUUUCUUUGGGAAAGAUGUUAAA